AUGUCCUUUACCCUCAGCUUCAACGGCAGUACGGUGAACAUCAUCGUUUACACUACCGGCCUGUCUACCGCUGGGCCAUCUACUACUACCAGUGUCGAUGUUGACGACCAAAUUGAUGAUAGUGGGCUACUCUCCCCUCGAUCGCGCCAGGAGUGGCGCGAUCACCAACUGGCAUGCCAGUUGGCGAGAGGGGAGGACCGGACGAGUGCAUUGAAGGAUCGUCACCAGAAGGAAAGACUUUAUCCGCUUAUUGACGGCGUACGGCGACGUACGCCUGAGAAGACGAUAGAUCAAUAUUUCACUCGUCGUAAAACCUCCUCUCCUCCUCCUCACCCCGCCCCCUCUCAAGCCAAGACCCCUGCCCCCACCGCCCCUGCUGCCACCGCCCCUGCCCCCACCGCCCCUGCCCUCACGCCUUCCCAGCGAGCUGGGAUACCCAAUACGGUACCCGUAGCUGGCUCCCCAAAUGGCGUGCCUCUCCUACCCUCCCCUCCCGCCUCCGCCCCUGAGUACGAGUCUGACUACAGCAGUGGUGAGUUAUUCCCUGCUAAACAAAGGAGAUGA